CUCUCUCUUCCCCCUCUCUUUUUCUUUGUCAUCCUUCUGUUUGUCCUUUCCCUCUCUCUCUCUCUUUCCCUAUAUCCUUUCUCCCGCUCUUGGCCCUUCUCCUGACUGCGAGUCCCUUCCCGCCUUAAAAUUCCCAGGAUCUGCAGGCUUUUAGCAUGGGCUUUAAAGCUGAGGCUAUGAGUUCUUAUUCUUAGAUUCACAGCGCACGGAUUUAAUGCCCGAAUGAAAGUGGGACAAUACUUCAACUGUGCACUGCACCGGCUGAAGAAAGGACCAGGCUACACUUACACUGAACUCUUGGUCUGGUACUGUGAGAACACCAACACACAUGGACCAAAACGAAUUGUGACGGAGGGGCCCAAGAAGCGGGCUGUGUGGUUCGUACUCACUCUGGCCUUCACAGGACUGGUCUGCUGGCAAUGGGGUAUCCUGAUCCAGAGAUACCUUGCCUGGGAGGUCAAGGUGAAUCUACGGACUGGCUUCAAGGCUAUGGAUUUCCCGGCCGUCACCGUCUGCAACUCCAACCCUUUCAGGUACACAAGGUCCAAGCAGCUGUUGCAGCAUCUAGAUCGACUUACUAGGCUUGCGCUGGAACGUAUUUAUGUUUACAGCCAGAAUGGAACCAUUCCCGGUGAGCUGCCAUCAUCAGAGACAGACUGGAGGCAGGUGGCAUCACUAGUCAUCAUUGAGAAAAAUGACCAAGGAGGGGAGACUGUUCUACAGGUCCUGGGGUUGGAUCAAAAUCAGACCCAGUCAGCAACAAGAGACAGGUCACGGACGGGGAGCUACAAGGUGACAAUGGAACUGUGCAAUGAGAAUAGGUCGAACUGUAUAUACAGAAACUUCAGUUCAGUGCCGGAGGUGAUGAGUGAGUGGUACUAUCUGCACUACAUGACCAUCCUGUCAAACACAUCUCGAUCAGAACGGCAGGCGAUGGGCGAGCAGGGUGAAGAUUUCAUUCUUGCCUGUCUCUUUGGUGGGCAGCCUUGUAAUCUUGAUAACUUCACCCAGUUGAUGCAUCCGAUGUACGGGAACUGUUACAUCUUCAACUGGGGUUCUGAUGGGAAGAUCCUGAUGUCGUCCAAUCCCGGGGCAGAGUUCGGGCUGAAGCUGGUGUUGGAUAUCUCUCAGGACGAUUACAACCCCUUCCUCUCCUUUGCAGCUGGUGCCAGGCUCAUGCUUCACCAGCCCAACACCUACCCAUUCCUUCAGGACCUGGGCCUAUAUGCCAGGGCUGGGGCAGAGACAUCCAUUGGAAUAUUUGUGGAUGAAAUAGUGCGUUUGGGUGGUUCAUACACUCGCUGCACGUUUGAUGGUUCAGAUGUCAAUGUCAAAUCUCUUUUCAAUACCACCUACACAAUGCAGACCUGUCUGCGUUCCUGUUUCCAAGAUCAGAUGGUGCAGAACUGCGGAUGUGGGCAUCAAAAUUACCCUCUACCGGAGGGAGCACAUUACUGUAACCAGCAGGACAAUCCGAGUUGGGGUUACUGUUAUUACAGCCUGAGGGAGCAGAUUGAAGUGGAGAAUUCCAAAUGCCUGGAGAUAUGCAAGCAACCCUGCAAUGAGACCCAAUAUAGACUGACCAUCUCUAUGGUAGAUUGGCCAUCGGAAUCCUCAGAGAACUGGAUUUAUUCUGUUUUAUCUUAUGAGAGGGAUUACUCAACUGAUGUUACUGUAAACAGACCAAGCGUGCUGAAAUUAAACCUGUAUUUCCAAGAGAUCAAUUUCAGGACAAUACAAGAGGACCCAGCCUUGACAAUUGACUGGCUUCCCUCCCAGUUGGGCGGACAAUUUGGGUUCUGGAUGGGUGGCUCCAUCCUGUGCAUCGUUGAGCUGAUGGAGAUCUUGAUCGACUGCCUGUGGAUCACUGUCAUCAAGGUGGUGAAGUGGUGUGUGGAGCGUAGGUCCCGCAGAGCUCGACCACACUCUUCCCAGCCUCCGCCAACCGUGAGCCAAUCGAUCGAGGAGCAUGUAAACGAUGGAUUCCAGCCGGAGCAGGAAGGAGGCCAUGUGGAAAGGCCUUGUGCCCUGGCAAUCCCGGGUACACCCCCUCCUCAGUACGACUCACUCCUGAUCUAUCCAAUCAACAAAGUUGUCAACACUUGGGACUGAGGAUUUUGUUUGAGCUAUAUUUCAUGACUGUUAGUAGUGGAUCUGCCAACAUUCUCGGGGGGAGAAAAGGUUGAACCCGGAUGGCAUAAUACAGCUAUCUCACUAAAUGGUCAUAUCAGCUGCAUAAAUAAGAAAAUAAAUGGCACCUUUCACAGUCUCAGGAUGCCUUAAAUCACUUCAGAAUGAAACAUACUUAUUCAUCGAGUGUAGGAAAUACAGCAGACAAUUUGCCCACAGUACACUCUCACAAACAGCACUACAAAACCCAAGCAGAUAGGCUACUAGAAUGAGGUUUAAUGAGGGAUAGUGCUCUGGGACCUAAUACCUCCCAGCAUCCUUGUCUCAUUGACAGCAUCUUCAACCUGGCAGCAUGAAUUCUCAAACUUCUGGUACCCGCUCCCCCUCUGUCCCUUUUCUCUCUCCUCCUCAUCCACCUGGCCCCUGUCAUCCUAUCCUUUCCUCCUUGCCCACCACCUCCAUCUGCCCAUCGCCCACACACUCCUCCCACUGGUUCCUAUCCCCACCUUUAUUCCACCCUUCACCUUCCUCUCCUAUCAGAUUCCAUCAACUUCAGCCCUUUGUCACUUCUAUCAACUUCCAGGUUCUGACAUCAUUCCCACUCUCUCCCCCCCCCACCCCUCCCACCCCACCUGGAUCCACCUAUCACUUACCAGCUCUUGCUCCACCCCUUCCUUCCACUUCUUAUACUAGCUAUCUCCCCUCUUUCUUUCAGUCCAGAUGAAGGGUGUCGCCCUGAAAUGUCGAUUAAUCAUUUGCCUCCAUAGAUGCUGCCUGACCCGCUGAGUUCGUCCAGCAUCUCAUGUCUUGCUCAUUCACAGCAUCUUCAGCAGUGCAGCACUUUCUCAGUACUGCACUUUGAAGCUGGAUUUUGUUCAUGGGCCUGGAAGCAGACCUGUACCUAUAACCCUCUGCCUUAAAGGCAAAUGUGCUGACAACAUUGAAACUGCAAUACAAGUUAGUCACAAGUACACUUCAACGUGUGAUUAAUAAACUAAGCAUCAGGGCUAAUAUUUGAAAAUAAGGGUUUUUAGGAAAUCACUCUGGAGAAAUAAAAAAUAUUUAUUUUUUGAAAAUAUUUUCUU